AUGUCGAAGCACAUCGGAAGUACGCAUGACCCCGCUUUGCUUCACACUGGGUUUAUAUACACAAGACUCUCCCGCGCAUUCGAUGAUAAUACUAAGCAAGCUCUCAUGACUACCCAGCAGGAUUCAGCAGUUCCGUUCAGUACCUACACCCCGCGCGUUGCGGUUGUUACUGGGGCAGGACAAGGCAUCGGACAGGCAAUCGCACUCCGUCUAGCGGAUGACGGUAUUGAUAUUGCAGUUAACGACAUUCAAUCAAAGCAGAAUCAGAUGGAUAACGUCGUUGAACAGAUUCGCAAGAAAGGCCGGCGAGCGAUAGGUAUACCGGGAGAUGUAACUCUCGAAGCAGAUAUCGCUGCUCUAGUCGAGAAGGCAGCUCAGGAACUUGGAGGUGUCGACAUCAUGGUUGCGAAUGCGGGUAUUUUCCAACCCUCCCCCCUUUUAGAGACACCCACUGAGAAAUUCGAUGCCAUGUAUGCCAUCAAUAUUCGUGGAGUAUUCCUGUGUUUCAAGUAUGCUGGGUUGCAGAUGCUGCGAGUUCCAUUCUGGGCAAGCAAGCGGCAAUUAAUUGCUCAGCCUAUUCGGCUUCAAAGUUUGCAGUCCGCGGUAUUAUACAAUCCACCUGUAUGCCACCCCAUGGAGUUGCGUAAAUACGGCAUUACAGUGAAUGCAUACGCACCUGGAUUCAUAAAUACUAAAAUGCUCGCGAAUGCAUCUGCUCUGGAUGCCAGCAUGAAGAAGGCCGCCGAAGUUGCUCCAAUUGGGGAACCCGAGUCCAUCGCCAGUAUUGUCUCGUACAUUGCCAAACCAGAGUCCUAUUUCGUCAAUGGCCAAGCCAUCUCUGUAAACGGUGGCAUAUACUUUGAUUAG